AUUUUAGCUUUCCAAAAUCCUGAAUUGAAGAUUUUUUCCGAUUUCAAGAUUUUAGCUUUCCAAAAUCCUGAAUUCAAGAUUUUGGCCGAUUUCAAGGUUUUAGCUUUCCAAAAUCCUGAAUUCAAGAUUUUGGCCAAUUUCAAGAUUUUAGCUUUCCAAAAUCCUGAAUUCAAGAUUUUGGCCGAUUUCAAGGUUUUAGCUUUCCAAAAUCCUGAAUUCAAGAUUUUGGCCGAUUUGAAGGUUUUAGCUUUCCAAAAUCCUGUACUCAAGAUUUUGGGUGAGUUUAAGAUUUUAGCUUUCCAAAAUCCUGAAGUCAAGAUUUUAGCUGAGUUCAAGAUUUUAGGUUUCCAAAAUCCUGAAUUGAAGAUUUUUUCCUAUUUCACCAUUUUACCUUUCCAAAAUCCUGAAUUUAAGAUUUUGGCUAAGGUCAAGAUUUUAGGUUUCCAAAAUCCUAAAUUCAAGAUUUUGGCCGAUUUCUAGGUUUUAGCUUUCAAAAAUCCUUAAUUCAAGAUUUUCGGCGAUUUCAAGAUUUUAGUUUUCCAAAAUCCUUAAUUCAAGAUUUUCGGCGAUUUCAAGAUUUUGAGCGAUUUCAAGGUUUUAAGUUUCCAAGGAAAGAAUUCAAGAUUUUCGCCGAUUUGAAGAUUUAACCUUUCCAAAAUACUGAAUUCAAGAUCUUGGCCGAUUUCAAAAUCUUAGCUUUCCAAAAUCCUGAAUGCAAGAUUUUGGCCGAAUUCAAGAUUUUAGCUUUCCAAAUCCUGAAUUCAAGAUUUUGGCCGAUUUCAAGAUUUUACCUUUCCAAAAUACUGAAUUUCAAGAUCUUGGCCGAUUAUAAGAUCUUGGCUUUCCAAAAUCCUGAAUUCAAUAUUUUGGCCGGUUUUAAUAUUUUAGCUUUCCAAAAUCCUGAAUUCAAGAUUUUGGCCGAGUUCAAGAUGUUAGGUUUCCAAAAUCCUGAAUUGAAGAUUUUUUCCGAUUUCAAGAUUUUAGCUUUCCAAAAUCCUGAAUUCUAGAUUUUGGCCGAGUUCAACAUUUUUGGUUUCCAAAAUCCUGAAUUGAAGAUUGUUUCCGAUUUCAAGAUUUUAGCUCUCGAAAAUCCUGAAUUCAAGAUUUUGCCCAAUUUCAAGGUUUUAGGUUUCCAAACAGAGAAGUCAAGAUUUUCGCCGAUUUCAUGAUUUGACCUUUCCAAAAUACUGAAUUCAAGAUUUUGGCCGAUUUCAAGGUUUUAGGUUUCCAAAAUCCUGAAUUCAAGAUUUUGGCCGAUUUCAAGAUUUUAGCUUUCCAAAAUCCUGAGUUCAAGAUUUUGGCCGAUUUCAAGAUUUUAGCUUCCAAAAUCCUGAAUUCAAGAUUUUGGCUGAGUUUAAGAAUUUAGCUUUCCAAAAUCCUGAAUUCAAGAUUUUGGCUGAGUUCAAGAUUUUAGGUUUCCAAAAUCCUGAAUUGUAGAUUUUUUCCGAUUUCAAGAUUUUAGCCUUCCAAAAUACUGAAUUCAAGAUUUUGACCGAUUUCAAGAUUCUACCUUUCCAAAAUCCUGAAUUCAAGAUUUUGGCCAAUUUCAAGAUUUUGGCUUUCCAAAAUCCUGAAUUCAAGAUUUGGGUGAUUUCAUGA